AUGAUACGAAUGGAAAGCCUGACAGCUAAUGUAAUACAAUCUUUGCUGAUUUAAGAUUUAAGGUAGUUAAAACGGCUUUCGGAUUUGAGUAAUGAGCUUGCGUUUUAAGAAUAAGAAUCGAACCUUUAAAAUCUAUAAUUGAAAAUUAUCUCGCCGAUUUGAUGUGUUCACCUAAGUCUGAGUCUUUAUGAAAAUGCACUUCGUAAAGCGGUGUGAUUUCUCUCUAUCGAUUACAUCUUUUACGAAUUGGUUUUUUUCUCCAAUUACGAAUUUUAAAACAUUCCCGCAAUUGCUUGGUACCGUCUUUGGGGCCACCAACCAUUUGAUUAGUCCGUUAUUUUUUAUUUUUUUUUAAUUAACUGAAUUGUGUUCGUUAUAUAGAGUGGGACUGCUAUCACAAUCUAGGAACUUGAAACUACUAAGUUGUAGUCUCCCUGUAGUUCAGUGUAGUCCUGGUUUACCGGAGAAGAGACCUUAUUGCUGCUCUCUUCUCUCAGCUGUCCUUCCGUCCUCCUCCCAAUUCUUUUUCCCUUUCGUUCUGAGGCCGGGGUUCUGCGCUUACCGUUCAUCUCUCCCAAUAACACUACUCCAAUACCGGUCGAGUCUUUCGUUAGAUGUCGUCAUUGUGUUGCUUAAUUUAUCUUGUUAUGAUUCCAGGAUGUCUGAGAGUCCUCACGAUACACUCACGGCUCUCAGACGGUCCAAAAGAAACAAAUUCCACCUUGACGUCGCGGCGGUCUUCUCGGGUUCGUCUAAUCCGGAUAGACGUCGAACUACUUUGGAUGCCAAAUACGUUAGUAAAGAAGCUAACCAUGCGGUCUCCAGCACCAGGAAUUUGAUGAAAAGCAGUAGUGUUGAGCCUUCCCCAUCUGAUGUUUCAUUCGUUGAUACCGAGCAGAAUGAAGAAAGUAAGUUGAGUGAUCUUAAACGUAUUCUUUCAGAUAUUGAGAAGGAAUUACUCGAGCCUUCAGAGAAGAUUCCUAUCCCACAGAAAUCGAAGGUGGCCAUGCACCCAGUGACCACUGAACCUCCCGAGAUUACUGCUGACGAGAGGGCAGUUAAAGGAGGCCUCUCGGUUGACGGAUUGCAAGAUAUCAAUUCGUUAGACGGCAUUAAAGUGGAAAAUAUUCCCUUAAAACAUGGGGUUCAUUUGACUUUCGCUUGCUCAAAAUGUGGAGUGACUCUGAAGUCAAAGUCCGGUUUAAUUAGCCAUUCAAAGUAGUAGGUCUAUAUAGGCAGCAAUAAUAAUUUUUAAGCUGUGAUACUGGUCUAAGUAGUAAGCGGAAAAAACGGAAGAAGAUUGGAUCAGAGAGACACACUUCAGACAACUCGUUAAUAGUAAGCCCCGUUCAACUUAUUUGCAUUGUUCUUUUAGGAAUUUAUAAUUGGUGAUAAUUUCAACGCUUAUUUCAGAAAUUUAAUCAAACUCGAGAGUUUAAGAUUAAUGCCGGUAAAGAAGAUAAUGAGACGAUGCCUUUGCUUAAACCCGAAGGGGAUCCUUUUGAUCCAUCUCCAUCAAAGAAAUCAAAGAAUAACAACUGGAGACCCUUUUCUGAACUUCCCGAAUCGGUCCAAUCGAUUGACAUCUUAGCCCUUAAAAAGUUUAAUUUGCCUGCCUUGCCUCCUCCAUUGCUCAAACCUCUUCCCGGUAAGCACUUUAGACGAUACCCUAUUUUUGUUAGGUGCUAAAAGCAAAGAGUUUUAUUGUUGCGAAUGCCCGUACAAGUCAGCCGACGACACCUUAUUCCGUAUACACAGAGCGAUGCACACGGGGGAACGGCCCAACAAAUGCUCCGCUUGUAGCUUUAGCUGCUUUUCUCCGGAAAGUUUAUAUUCCCAUUUGGAUCUUCAUCUACCCAACGAUGAAUCGUCGGGGGAAAAAAGAAGAGUAAUCAAAAAGAAGGAGAUUGAAUACAUCGCUUGUAACACACCCAAUGUGAUAAGGUGUUCCCAAUGCACAUUCCGAACUGUUCAUCUGGAGCGUUUCCGGCAACAUAGACUUGAUCAUGUUCAAGUAAGAAAAUCUUUAUAGUUAACAGCUAUUCUAAUUCAGAGCCAACGGCAACGAUUAGUCAGCAUCAUCAAGCGGUCUAAUAACAAUUCCAAUCAGCCGGAAGAGCCUGUCAGCACUCUGGCCGGUCCCAACCCCAAGAUUCAGUUCUGUAACGUUUGUGAAUUUCGUACAGAAGGAAACGAGCCACUGGAACAUCAUGCAGAAUAUCACGGGUCUGGCCAGCUGUAUCGUUGUGAUAUCUGUGAUUAUGCCAGCGACGAGAAAGUCGUUAGGGAUUUCCAUGAAAAACAUCACCAUACAAUGGGUUCCCUUUCAAAUCAUUUGAGAAGUCUCGCCGCGGCCAUCCUUGAUACCAAGGUCAGUGGCACUCCUCUAAAAGUAAAAGCAAAAACGAAACCAUCACUUAAUGAAUUGCAGUGUCAACGUCAGUUAUACAGUGGUCUGAAAGACAUCAAAUAUCCUUGUCCAAGUCUUGCCGUCCAGUCUCUGAUCAAAGCUUUAGAAUAA